GCCGGCUGGAGGCGGGCAGGUCCGGGCGGGGCAGCGCCGCGGAGCCCACAGCCCGCGAUCCCGGUCCGGUAGCCGCCGCCGCUCCCUCAGGGAGGAGCGACCGAGCGAGGCUUUGCGGACGGAGCGGCCCGCGCGGCGCGGGGGGCAUGAAGUUGGGUGCGCGGGGAGCUCAGAGCAGGGGCGCGGCGGAGCCGGGAGCCGCCCGCAUCUAGAGCCCGCUCUGUGCGCCAUGGAGCUCGGGGGCCCGGGGACGUCGCCGCUGCCGCCGCUGCUGCUGCUGCUUCUAGGGGCCGGCCUCCUGCCUGUGAGCAGCCAUGCAGAGACCCGGGCUCAUGCGGAGGAGCGGCUGCUGAAGAAGCUCUUCUCUGGCUAUAAUAAGUGGUCCCGGCCCGUGGCUAACAUCUCGGAUGCGGUUCUUGUCCACUUCGGCCUGUCCAUCGCGCAGCUCAUUGAUGUGGAUGAGAAGAACCAGAUGAUGACGACGAAUGUGUGGGUGAAGCAGGAGUGGCAUGACUAUAAGCUGCACUGGGACCCUGCCGACUAUGAGAACGUGACUUCCAUCCGAAUCCCCUCCGAGCUCAUCUGGCGGCCAGACAUCGUCCUGUACAACAAUGCGGACGGGGACUUUGCCGUCACCCACCUGACCAAGGCCCACCUCUUCCACAACGGCCGGGUGCAGUGGACACCCCCGGCCAUCUACAAGAGCUCCUGCAGCAUCGACGUCACCUUCUUCCCCUUCGACCAGCAGAACUGCACCAUGAAGUUCGGGUCCUGGACCUACGACAAGGCCAAGAUCGACCUGGUGAGCAUGCACAGCCGCGUGGACCAGCUGGACUUCUGGGACAGCGGUGAGUGGGUCAUCGUGGACGCCGUGGGCACCUACAACACACGCAAAUACGAGUGCUGCGCGGAGGUCUACUCGGACAUCACCUACGCCUUCAUCAUCCGGCGCCUGCCACUCUUCUACACCAUCAACCUCAUCAUCCCCUGCCUGCUCAUCUCCUGCCUCACCGUGCUUGUCUUCUACCUGCCCUCCGAGUGCGGCGAGAAGAUCACCCUCUGCAUCUCCGUGUUGCUGUCGCUCACCGUCUUCCUGCUGCUCAUCACUGAGAUCAUCCCAUCCACCUCACUGGUCAUCCCACUCAUUGGCGAAUACCUGCUCUUUACCAUGAUCUUCGUCACGCUCUCCAUCAUCAUCACCGUCUUCGUGCUCAACGUGCACCACCGCUCCCCGCGCACACACACCAUGCCUGCCUGGGUCCGCCGUGUCUUCCUGGACAUCGUGCCGCGCCUGCUCUUCAUGAAGCGGCCGUCUGUGGUCAAGGACCACUGCCGGCGGCUCAUCGAGUCCAUGCACAAGGCGGCCAGCGCUCCGCACUUCUGGCCGGAGCCCCAGGGGGAGCCUGCCCGGUCUCCGUCCCUGACCUGUGGGGUGGACCAGCCCAGCAAGCCCCAGCCAGCCCGUACAACACCCUCUGACCAGGUGCCGACUCUGCAGCCUUCAGAGACCGAGAAGGCCAGCCCCUGCCUAUCUCCUGGGCCCUGCCGUCCACUCACUGGCACCCAGGCCCCAGGGCUCACCAAAAGCCGGUCCCUAAGUGUCCAGCACAUGUCCAGCCCCAGCAAAGCGGCGGAGGACGGUGUGCGGUGCCGGUCCCGGAGCAUCCAGUACUGCGGGCCGCGAGAGGAGGCUGCCUCACCGGCUGCCCGCCUGGUGGAUAGCUCCCCCUCCUCUCCGACCAAGGCCCCCUCAGCCGAGCUCCCGCCCCCAGACCAGGCCUCCCCCUGCAAAUGCCAGUGCAGGAAGAAGCCGGGGGCCCCAAAUGCUAUGCUCAAGACCUCCAGCACCAGAGCACCACCCCUGCCCCUGUCGCCAGCCCUGGCACGGGCGGUGGAGGGCGUCCAGUACAUCGCAGACCACCUGAAGGCGGAAGACACAGACUUCUCGGUGAAAGAGGACUGGAAGUAUGUGGCCAUGGUCAUCGACCGCAUCUUUCUCUGGGUGUUCAUCAUCGUCUGCCUGCUGGGGACUGCUGGCCUCUUCCUGCCGCCCUGGCUGGCCGGCAUGAUCUAGGGGCCCGGAUUCGGGACUCCCUGAACUCGAUGGGGUCAUGCCACUUACCAGAUUGCCCCCCAUCCUCUGUCUGCUAUGAGACGGCCUUGGAAGGAGCCGCUGACCGCUGGGGACCCCCGGGGGACUGGUAAAUGCCCGUUUGUCUGCAGGGCAGUGUCACUGCCUGUCUUAUUAAAGUUUAACCAGAGCAUGGCGACACGAUGGCUGCCCACAAGGACGUGCAGCUGAUGGCUCUCAGCAAACGUCCCAGCAUGUCCCCAGGCCAUGCCACUUAGCCACCCUCAGCCCCUCUUAGCCCCCAGAGCCCUUGAUCCCUGUGGGAUCCCCGAGACCCAGGCACAGAUCCUGGCCUGGGGCACCCCUGGGUCCUCAGGCUUGCUCUCUCUGACCCCAGAGGUGAGUCAGCAAACACAUGACCCUCACCUGCCGGGGCAGGGUCCAAGCAGGGGGUAUCUGAGUGGUUGGGAGGGGUCCCAAGCUGGGGAGUGGGGGUUCUGAGCAGGGGCUGAGUUUGGUCUCUUCUGGGCACAUUAGUCAAAGCCCAGAUUUUGCACCCAAGGAGCCUUGGGGUUGGAGUGGUUAGACAUGGUCCCCAUGGAGGAGAAUCAGGUGCAGGUACCCCUCGGGUAAGGGACAUUCAGCCCCAGGCAGCCUAGAUGUCUCCCCAGCAGGGGUGCUUGGGUCUUGGGCAGACACUUUGCUGGCCUGGUGAUGCCCCCAGGUCUCCCAUGGACUUGAGACUUUGUGAGGGACCCAGAUCUGGGCUCCCAACCCAACACCUCCCUUGAUUUCCCCUCUGCUCACAGUCAGGGGACCCCUCUGGGGUAUAGUGACAGGUAAGACCUCCCUGGCAUGGCAGCUGUGGUGACUUCGCAGGCCCUGAGGACCGCUUGUCUGGCUAGCUCUGGGGCCCUCUGGAGUGUGGUGCCUUGCAGGGGAGCGGCUGAGAAACGGGGGUGGAGGGGACCCUCCACAGCCCAAAAGCCUCUGCCUCACACCAUGUGGAGGUUGCCCUGCCCGAGGGGGCCAGGGGAGGUUGGAGGGCAAUGGCCCCAGGGGCCUAGUGUCCCCUCCUCAAGAAGGCUGAGCACCAGGGACCACCACAGUGUCCCCUGAGACCCCGGGGAAACACUGGCCUUGUGGUAAUGUGGGGGUGGGCUGCCCCUGCUCUGUGGAUUCUUGCAAGCCCUUAGGCUCCAGAUGCCAGGUAGGGUCUGGACAAUGUGGCCCCUCCCCCAGGAGCCACAUCUGGGUGGAGGGAGCCUCCCCAGGCCCAAGGAAUCCCUUCUCCAGUGAUGGUCAAGCUAUGCCUCUCCAGAACCUGUGUGUCAGGGGUGUAGCUGGCAGGUUGGAGCCCUGGGUCUCCCCCGAGGCUGUGCCUGGGUCACGAGGAACUUGGGAGAACUGAAUGAAUAAUUUAGUGAAGUUCAAAGACAUUUCUGCAGAGGUUCCGCUGGAGGGCACUGCCCAGGCAGAGGAGACUGGAAUUCACAGCCUCCACCGGGCCGCCGGUGAACCGCAGACCAGCCCCCUGGACAUUCAGGACACCAUCUGACUGGCACCUGCCCCCUGGAGGCUAUUGGGGCACCAGUCAUCUCGGGAUGCUAGGGGAGAGGCCAGACUGGCAGCUCACCAGGACACAGGACGGGCCCCAAGGUCGCAGCCCGGACGCAGAUUUCAGACGUCAUCACCCCAAUCCUCCUUACGUAAGCAGAUCUGGCGCCAGAAAUGGGGAAGCAGUGGGGGCCUUGGGGCCCGUGUGCAGAUGCUCUUUCCUGGGUUGGGAGAGACCAGGAGCCCCAGGGAGGACGACAGCCCCCACUUUCUGGUUCCUGUGUUUUCCUUUUUUUUGAGACUCAAAAACAAGUCAGAAAAUCCACAUGCAGAAUAGAUCACCCACAUUCCCACCAAAUUAACCACGACCACUAUUUUGGGCUACUUGCCUCCAGGGUUUUUUGUAUUUUUUUGACAUAAAAUUUACCUACGACAAAAAUGCCUGGUCCUAAGCCCUCAGAUCAGUGAGUUUUAACUAGAUUUGACCCCAGACCCCUCCAGCCCCUCCAGCCUAUGCCUGGUUUCCUCCCCGGAGAGGGGCUUCCCCCACCGUGACCUUGGUCUGAGCGGAGCCCCCAG